AUGGGUUCGUCAUGGCCGGAGAUCAAGCACAAGCUUCAAUGCCCCGUCGAUGAAGACGCACAUUAUGAGAACACUACUUGGUGUAACCGUGAUCUGAUUCCCAUCCCACCGGACCGCCGAACGUAUGGAAUUUGGUCUUAUUUUGGGUACUGGACCGUUUCGGGGUCCUGCAUCUCCGCUUGGUCCACCGGUAGUACGCUACUGGCCUUUGGACUUGGUCCGCAGCAGGCUAUCGGUGUCGUGGUGGUUGGGGGCAUUCUUGCUGGCCUCCUUGCUGUCGCCUGUGGGUGGAUGGGCGAAAACCACCAUAUCGGGUUCACCGUCUCUAGUCGGUUUUCCUGGGGAAUGCGAGGGUCUUACUUUCCGGUUAUUCUGCGAUCCUUUGUCUCCUGCAUGUGGUUUGGUAUGCAAGCAUUCUGGGGCGGCCAAGCCACGAGGGUCAUGAUAGGCUCUAUUAUUCCCGGUUUCGCCCAUAUGCCAAACUACUUCGCUGCCAGCUCACAUCUUCAAACCAAAGACUUCAUCGGCCUCUUGAUAUGGAUGUGUGCUUUUAUCCCCGGACUUUUAAUCCGCCCUGAGAAGCUACAGAUUCCUUUCCUGAUCUGUUUUACGUUCUUCUGUGGAUCAUGUUUUGGGCUCUUGAUAUGGGGAGUUUCUCAAGCCCAUGGGCCAGGAAGCAUGUUUCAUGAGCCUUCAAGCACGCCAAAUGUCGGCUGGUCUUUUAUGUUUGGUAUAACCGCCAUUCUCGGAUCUUGGGGGUCGGGAACCCUGGGUCAAUCAGAUUGGACUCGAUAUGCCAACCGGAAAUUUGCUCCAACUCUAUCGCAGCUAAUCGCCUCCCCAUUAACUAUCGCAGUGACGGCUACUAUUGGUAUCAUUGUGACCAGUACCUCUCGUGAUAUUAUGGGAGGUGAGAUUGAAUGGAACCCAAUUUAUCUCUUGGCCAACAUCCAGGAAUUUUAUCACUCGAGUCCUCGUGUCCGUGCGGCAGUAUUCUUUGCCAGUAUUGGCAUGGUGUUCUCGCAGUUUUCGAUUUCAGUGGUCCUGAACUCGGUAUCUUGCGGUAUGGACUUGGCUGGGCUGUGGCCUAGAUACAUCAAUAUUAGAAGAGGCGGAUACAUCAUGGCGUGUAUUGGUAUUGCAACUCAGCCAUGGCAACUUCUCGCAACAGCAGACAAGUUUCUUUCUGUGUUAAGUGGGUUUGGAGUCUUCAUGGCCCCCGCAACCGGAAUCAUGCUAGCGGACUAUCAUCUUGUCAGGCGCUACAAGCUUAAAGUUGGCGAUCUAUACACCGGCGACAGCUCUUCCAUCUAUUGGUUUUCCAAUGGCGUGAACUGGAGGGCAUUCGUUGCUUUCUUCGCAGGAAUGUGGCCACUUUUACCUGGAUUGGCUGGCACCGUCAAUUCAUAUUCUGGGGGCUCAUGGACAGGCUGGGUCCGCCUGUACAACUUGACGUUCCUCAUCGGGCUUGCAAUAAGCUUCCUUAUCUUCUGGAUAUUGAAUUUCUUUUUCCCUCCCAUUGCCUUGGGGCAAGAGGGCCCAUUCAUUGGAGAGGAGGUGAUGUACGGUAUCGCGAAGACAAGUGGAGAGAAUGAUACUGGGUCUCGGGAUGAAGAGAGAAAGGUGCCAGUCGCUAGUGUCGUUUAA